GGGUAGAACCGAGUUCCGGGUGCCGGGCAGCCGCUGAGAGAAGCAGAGCGUGAUAGUUGGGAGACCGAAAAGGAAAGCGGACAUGUUCCGGAUCGAGGGCCUUGCGCCGAAGCUGGACCCCGAGGAGAUGAAACGGAAGAUGCGCGAGGAUGUGAUCUCGUCCAUACGGAACUUCCUCAUCUACGUGGCCCUGCUGCGAGUCACACCUUUUAUCCUAAAGAAACUGGACAGCAUAUGAAGAUGGGCGUCACAUGUGAAUGAUACGAGGAACCUGGUUACAGUUUCUCCUCCUGACUGCAGAUGAAUAGUCCCAGAAAGAUGUAAGAGACUGAAUGGACAUAAAAAUUCUACUUGUUAAGAACAAGGUUGGCCUCUGGUAACUGACCUUCGUAGCUAAAAUUUAAAACUGCUUGAGAAGUAAAGACAUUUUGUGGUGAUGGUACAUCCAUGUGCCUGUGAUGUGCAGCCUCUGUGAAUGUUGGUACAAUUGUAAGUAAUGUCAAACUCCAUUUUUUAGCAAGUAUAAAUUACAAGGGAAUUAUGUCUGCAAUAGCACUGUCUUGUUAGUCAUUUCUGUUUACUUUUUUACUUCUGUCUGGAGUAUAUUUGGUGAAGAGUUCCUUUUGUUUAGUUACAUUUUACAGAAGCCAGCACAGUCACAACAACAUUUAAGCACACGACCAUUAGUCUCUAUUUUUUAAUUAAAGUACCAACUAAGAAAAAAUUUGGAUUUUAUUUCUCUUAACCUACUUUAUGCUACAGAUCAACAAUCACUGGUGAGACCUCUUUAAUACUGUAAUUAUUAUGAACUACAUUAAAUUGAGUUCCUCUUGUUUUCGACCUGAGGAUUUGCUAAUGCUGAUAAA